AUGGCUGCUCCUCGCGGUCGUCACAGAGUCUCACCCCAAAAUCCUUCCAGCAGCGAAAAAUAUGGCUUCGGCGAAGGCAGAAUUGAUAGCGCACCUUCGAUACCACCAGAUCGACGGACAGAUGCUGGCUGGGGAUUCCAUGUUGACGAGCUCAUGAGCCCGUCCAUGUGGCAAGGGGGAACUUUAAGCUUUAAAAGGGUUCUCAAAUGUAAUUCUCCAAACCCUGCUCUUGACCCAUACAGCGUUCGAAAGUCCGGUGAACCUUUCUCAAUGAAGAUGGCCACUGGAGUAGAAGAUUGA